GCUAAAUAAGACAUUCAUCCAUCAUUCUCUUAAUCAAAUCUAGCAACCUACCACCACGGUUUGAGAGUCCGAGACAAUAGUACUCCGUAUGCUUUCUCGCCGAAUAAACCCUACCUUUAAAACCAGAGAGUACCCAAGUGGGCUGCAUAGUGUAUUAAUGAUCUCCCCGUCAUCGCCGAUCGCCAUGGCUCCGAACCAGAGAGAAGCUUCAUCCCCUUCGAACAAAGUCAGCAACGAAGAUCCCUAGUUCGAUCAACCAGCUUUGAUUCAGUCAUUGACGUUAACUCCCCACAAUCCCAGGCCUACCCUCAACCACUGAGAACCCGAUAUCAAAAUCAGAGCCGUAGAACAAGAGUCCCGAAGCGCGGUGUUCUCACCCUGAAAACCCUAGUCGCAUUAUCACUUAAAACCAAAAACAAAGAAAGGAAGGAUAAAAUACCGGGUAACAAGCCGCUCACUUGUUACCGAUGGCCUGGGCUUCUCCGCAUCCCUCACCACGGUUGAGGACACCCGUAGAAUUGAUUUGGAACCGCCGGUUUUUAUUCGGGGUUGAAGCAUCCGCGGUCUUCCUUACGUCUCACUGACGAGUCCAAGAACACCGAACCAGAGUUCAACCUCGCAAGCCACCCGCCGAAAAUAUACCGGGAACCUUUUGAAUUCAAAAAGCCAUGCGAGCUCACUAGGGCUCAGUUUAGUUUAACUCUUAAACCAAGCCCUCCAGUCAGAUCUCGAAGGGCGUUGAUCCUCGUAACCAACCCGUGUCAUGCCAUUUCCCCAUCCGUUCAUAACUGGAGAAAAACGCGGGGAUUUCCAGGAAACUUUGCACUGGCUUAGUCUCUGCCAUUGUGAUUGAUUGGAAUUUUUAAGAAUCGCCUUGGUUCGGGAUCUUAUGCGUGUUUUUGUUCCGUUCGUACAUAGUUAGCUUCCCGAUAUCGUAGGUACACACUACGGUAACUACGGUUAGCAUUCACUGGGAAGAUGAAUGGCUACAACUGUGGAGAAUGACUGGUUGCAAAGGUCCCUAAAAUAAAAUGUCACAGUUGGCCGGUUUACCGAAUGAGCUUUUUAGGCAUUAUGUUCACAAUUUUCAGACAGUCAAGGGCCUGUUUGGAGAAUCAAUCCUUUUGGAGUAGAAUCCGAAAGUUUCCCGAGAAAACUGCAGUGUGGGCCUAGG